AAAGUCUUGCAGGCGAUGGGCCUUCACCCCCCACCAACCGCCAUGGCUGCCGCUGCUGUUUCUCUCUUCUUCCUUUUCCUAAUUUACCUCGUUGUCUUGCCAUCCCCCGGCGGCGCUACCACCGCCCACCCGGGCUACCCGCAGGACGAGGAGUGCGGCCUCGGCGAGCUGGCGGUCGUGCGGCCGGAGGAGUACGGCGGGGGGCGGAUCGUAGACAUCAGCCACGCGUACCGGGAGGAGAUGCCCGGGUGGGAGCUGCAGGAGGGGCUCGGCCGGUUCCUCCGGCUCACCCGGUCGAUGGAUGACGGCGACGUCGCCUACUUCUCGGAGCUGCGGCUCCCGGCGCACUCCGGCACCCACGUCGACGCCCCCGGCCACGUGUUCCGGCGCUAUUACGAGGCCGGCUUCGACGUCGACACCCUCGAUCUCGACGUCCUCAACGGCCCGGCAUUGCUACUGGACGUUCCAAGAGAUAAGAACAUAACAGCUGAAGUAAUGAAGUCUCUGCACAUUCCCAAAGGAGCUCGUCGUGUGCUUUUCAGAACUCUAAACACCGACAGGCAGCUUAUGUGGAAAACAGAGUUCGACACGAGCUAUGUUGGGUUCAUGAAAGAUGGAGCCCAAUGGCUCGUCGACAACACGGAGGUUAAACUCGUCGGUAUCGAUUAUUUGUCGGUUGCGGCUUGGGACGAUUUGAUCCCUUCGCAUCUCGUUUUCUUGGAAAGUCGAGAGAUCAUUCUUGUGGAAGCCUUGAAAUUGGAUCAUGUCGAAGCCGGCAUAUAUGACUUGCACUGCUUGCCUCUUCGGUUACGAGGAGCCGAGGGAUCACCCAUUAGGUGUAUUUUUAUCAAGUAAAUAAUCAUCCACAUCACACGUGAUCCAGAUCACUGCAGCAAUUCCGACUGAUGUGCCAUUGGUAUCUUCAUCACCUCGCAUUAGAUAUGUGUUAUGAGUGAAAUAAAAUGUGAAGACAGACAGUGUUGCUAUUGUGAUUGUAUAAUUAUGUUUUAUAAAUAAUAUUUUAUUCUAAAUUUGGAUA